GGUGAGGAGAAAUAGAAAUGGAGAAGUACUUCGGAAACGCUUAUCGGGGCGACCCGGGAGUUCCUCACGCUGAUCCGGAAAGGUUCGUGAACAUAUGGAUCGGGUCCGCCGCCUUCUCCGCCCUUACCUGGGUUAACCCUUACAUGUGGACUCUCUCCAACCAAUUCAACUGGCAUGACAAGGCAAUGCUUUUUGAACAAUAUCACUGGAAGAAAGCGCGCGCCAAGAAUCAACCAUAUCAAUUCCAGUGGAAUCAAAUGGACAAAAAAGUGCGAGACUCGUACUACUUCAACUGGCCUGUCUACUUCCCAUAGUCUUCUUCAGUACCAUAUGCUCUUCUUCUUUACUGGAGGUUACUAUCUUAGAGAAGUAGGCAUAAAAUCUCCCUCCUUUUAAAAGAAUACAACUGUAGUCCGGAUCAUUGUCUUGUUAAAUCCCCUUUUUAAACUAAAUUCUUAUUUGGUGUCUGGUUAUGGUUCCAUCAACUUUAUGCUACAUCCAAUCUUUAGCCAUUAAUACAACCUGGAUUCUAUAUUCUGCUA